CCUUUUUUAAAUGUCUCAAAAAUAAAAAGAGAGAACUUGCCUCAAAGACAACGUACCUUUUCCAACUCCACUCCCAUCUCUCUGUCAGCUUUUGAAGGAGGAGGAGGAGAUGAGAAAGGGAGAGAUACAAGAGCUGAAAUAGUCGGUGCGGAGAGAGAGAGAGAGAGAAAGAGAGAGAGAUGAGAGAGUCAGCUGUGGCCUGUGAGUGAGUGAGUGAGAUUCUUCUUCUGAAUUGUGAUGGGGUCUUUUGCAAAUUGUUGGAUCCCCUUUUUCGAAAUUUGCUCAAGCUAGCUCUGUUUGUCCUCUCUCAGUUUUUUUGGAUUCCAUCUCUCCCCCCCCUCUCUCUCUCUCUCUCUCCCCUUUCUCUUUCAUUGUUUCUGUACUCUCUCUCUCUCUCUCCCCCCUAAUUGCUGAAGUGUUCCUCACAGAAUAUCACAACAACCAAACAAUUUCCACCCUUCCAUUCCGUCAACCAUCCUUUCAUUCCUUCCUUCUCUCUCUGUCGCUCAAACGAACUCAAGUCAAUCCCUUUCCCCCCGUUUGUCUCUUUCAUGGAUCUCGGUUUCUGAUUCCCUAAUCAAAAGGCUUUUCUUUCACUCAAAAGGCAGACUCGUAUACAGAGGCAUUACCGGGCGGAGAUAAUGGCUGCAGCAACGGCGGCGGCGGCAGCUGAGAAAUCAAGCUCCAAGGGCCAAGCAUGGUUCUGCACCACUGGAUUGCCAAGCGACAUUGUCGUCCAAGUCAACGACAUGACCUUCCAUCUCCAUAAGUUCCCUCUCAUGUCGAAAAGUCGAAAGCUUCAUAACCUAAUCACAGAGCAAGAGACGAACCCAUCAAACCCCCAUCACCAAAUGGACGACGACGAUGACGACGAAAUCGAAGAAGUCCAGUGCCAAAUAUCCCUCUCUGACUUCCCCGACGGCUCCGAGACCUUCGAGAUCGCCGCCAAGUUCUGCUACGGCGUCAAGAUCGAUCUGAGCUCCUCCAAUGUCGUGCCGUUGCGCUGCGCCGGGGAGUACUUGGAUAUGACGGAGGAGUACUCGGAGAACAACCUCAUUUCCAAGACCGAGAGGUUUCUCUCUCAGUCGGUGUUGAAAAGCUUCAAGGAGUCGCUCAGAGCUCUCAAGUCCUGCGAGCGAGUCAUGCCUCUGGCGGAGAAUUUGGGGAUUACGCAGAGGUGCAUAGACUCCGUCGCCUCCCGUGCCACGUCUGCCGAUCCCUCCCUGUUUGGCUGGCCGGUUAGCGACGGUGGACCCAUUCGGAAUGCAAAUGCGGAUGCGGUUUCGGCUUCUUCUGCUUCAAAACAGCAGAUUUUGUGGAAUGGUAUCGACGCCGGCGGCGGACGGAGAAGGAGUAAACGCGCGGAUUCCUGGCUUGAAGACUUGGUGGUUUUGAGCUUGCCACUCUUCAAGCGGUUAAUUUCCGCCAUGAAAUCUGGAGAUCUGAGCUUGGAGAUAGUAGAGACGUGCUUGAUGCAUUACGCUAAGAAGUACAUUCCUGGAAUUUCGAGAACGAAUAGAAAGCCUUCGUCUUCUACCUCCGCCGCCGCCGCCACUACUGCCGCCGAAUCAUCGCGUUUAGCUUCGGAGAGUCAGCAGAGAGAGCUUUUGGAGACGAUCAUCUCCAAUCUUCCAUUGGAGAAGAGCUCCAGACCUUCGACGGCGACUCGAUUCCUCUUCGGACUUUUGCGAACCGCCAACAUACUUAACGCCUCCGAAGCCUGCAAGGCCGCCUUGGAGAAGAAGAUUGCCUCGCAGUUCCACCAAGCCACCUUAGACGACCUCCUCAUCCCGAGCUACUCCUACCUGAACGAGACGCUCUACGACGUCGAUUGCAUCGAGAGAAUCCUCGGUUACUUCUUGAACGGCUUGGAUCAGGGAAACACCGCCAGCAUCGAAGACGGUUCUGACGGCGCCGUCCGAUCGCCGUCGUUGAUGCUCGUCGGGAAAUUGAUAGAUGAGUUCCUUUCCGAGAUCGCCUCCGAUGCGAAUCUUAAACCGGAUCGGUUCUACAACCUCGCGAUUUCUCUGCCUGAUCAAACUCGGCUCUUCGACGACGGCCUUUACAGAGCCGUCGAUGUCUAUCUCAAGGCGCAUCCAUGGCUAUCGGAACCUGAGCGCGAGAAGGUCUGCGGAAUUCUAGACUGCCAGAAGCUGACGCUGGAGGCGUGCACGCAUGCAGCGCAGAACGAGCGAUUGCCGCUGCGAGCGGUGGUGCAGGUUCUGUUUUUCGAGCAGCUCCAGCUCCGCCACGCCAUCGCCGGAACUCUUCUCGCCGCCGACGGCGUUCCCCCGGAAUCGUCCAGGCCUUCUGUGCUGCGACGCGAAAGGGAUGACGAGGAGGAGGAAGAGGGCGACGCGGCGGAGGCACGCGGGGAUGAAAGUGGAGGCACGUGGCUGGCGGCGGUGAGACAGAAUCAGGUGUUGCGAUUGGACAUGGAUAGCAUGAGGACGCGGGUGCACCAAUUGGAGCGGGAAUGCUCCAGCAUGAAGAAAGUGAUCGAGAAAAUUGAUAAGCCGGGCCAACCCGGAAGAGACGAGUUGGGUCGGAAAGACUCGUUGAUCCGGAGGUUCGGGUGCAAGUUCAAGACCCAGGUGUGCGAUUCGCACAAACCGACGGUCGUUGAUACGAGAAAGGGACGACGGCGACACCAUCACCAACAGUAGACGCGACCGAACCGGAUCACUAUAUUUCAUUGCCACGUAGAUAAAUGAAAACGUGGAUGGAUUGGAUUCGCUUAUUUGGUACUGAGAACUCGACUUUUGAGACGUGU